AUGUCGGUCGAGACAUUGCGCACUCUCGAGCAGGUGCGCCAGCGCCUCAAUACCCUCGCCAACAGCAUAGGCAAGCUGCUGCAUGACCUAGACUCAAACGACCCUCUCCCCUCGUGGCCUUCGUUACAGAACUCGGCCACCUUGCUGUCCCACAACCUUGCCUCACUGCAUCACACCCUCGUCAAUGCUCAGCCACUCCUCGCCGGCGCUCACGUCUACCCUCUACCGUCAUAUCCAGGCCGUACCCAGGAAGACUUGCUCACUCAACUGCUGCGCAAAAAGUUACAGCCCCAGGUCGAAGACUGGAUCGCCAAUGGAGUGCGACAUGCCGCAAACACCAAUCAAGACCCAGCUCAGACCAACGGCACUUCAUCGAAUGGCCUUGAGCCCGGUCCACCGCCGCAACAGACCAUGACCACAGCCCAGUUGGCCGACCUCUGGAAUUGGGCCGGUCCAGAAGGCAAUAGAGUCGCUCGCGACAUGGGUUCCGACGCCUUUGACGACGUCUUUACCCUAGAAGAACACGAACUCGGCAUUGAGAAUGUUGUUACUGGUUUGCGUCGCAAGCUGUGGGAUAGCGAUGAUGAGGAUGAAGACGAAGAAGGAGACGGUGAAGGCAAAAACACAGACGGCAAACAGAACGACAUGGACAUCGACAUGGUGGACACGGUGCCCGACCAUGUCAGAAGACUACAACGACACAAUGUCGACCCGUCAAAGCCGCCAAUGACCAUCGAACACAUACUGAGAUUCGCUCUGACGGCCAGAGAACCCCCGAACGUCGUGCAAUGA